CAUCCCUAAUUGAAUAGCGCCUCGGCCGGAAUGGCGAUGUAAUUUUUCGUCAAUAAUUUUCGCAAGUUUCUUUCAAUCGGCAUAAGAAGUUUUUUAUAGCAAUUGAAAGGGCGAGACGUCUCUCUCUGCACUGAUUGUAAGCAGUGUGUGCUGUCCCUUCCAGGUGGAGUGUGCUGAGCGUGAGAGUGCUGAAGUGUCCGGAAGAGUCCGGAAGAUAUGGCAUCGGCGGAGCAGCUGGUUGCAGCCGCGUUGCAGGGAGCCGCCAAUCCCAACCACGAGAUUGUGCAGAAGGCUGAGGCGCAGCUGAGCGAGUGGGAGCAGCAGCCGGGCUUUUUUCCCAUACUGGCCAAGCUGAGCAUGAAACUGGCCAACGAGGCAAAUGCUCCAUCCGAAACGCUCUCGGACGCCGUCAAAGUCCGUUGGAUGGCGGCUGUUUACUUGAAGAACGGCAUUGAACGCUACUGGCGUCAUAAUUCCCGCUUGGAGUUGUCCGGGGAACAGAAGCAGCAAAUCCGUGACAUCCUGCUGCAGCACUACAAUGUCGAGGAUGUGCCCCAAGUGGCGCUGCAGGUUGCCGUGCUGCUCAGCAAGAUUGCCCGCAUCGAUUGCUGGCCGGAGUUGCUGCCCACGCUGAUGAAGCAGCUGCAGGCGUGCAGCGACGCCGGCGACACAGCUGCUCCUCUCCAGCAGCAGCAGCAGCAGAGGACACUCCUCAUGCUGCACUAUGUGAUCAAGGCGUUGGCAUCGCGUCGCCUGAUGGCGGAGAAGCGAGCAUUCGAGGAGCUGGCUGGACAGAUCUUCAGCUACAUGGCGUGGGACAUUUGGGCCACGCUAACCGCCCGCUUCCUGCAGCUGGUCAAGACUGAGUCAGAGGCACAGGCGCACAGUUGCCUCCAACGUGCCCACAUUGCGAUGCGUUCCCUCCGCAAACUUGUGGUCUUCGGAUGCGGCAGCAAGCCGUACAAGUCCAGUGACCACAUGAACUUCAUUGAGCAGCUCUUCGAGCGGCUCCGACAGUGCCUUGAGCUGCGUUAUGAGCUGCGGAUGCGGUCGGCGGGACAGCAGCUGGUCAGCGAUCUGGAGCGUUUUAUACUGAAGAUGAUGAAGACACUGAACGAGUUCAUGGAUCGUCACUCCAUGUCCUUUGCCCGCUUCGUGCCCAUGGCACUGGAGUUCAGCUUCCACUAUGUGUUCCACGAGGGAACUGCGCUCAUCUUCGACGCUGGCGAUCGCAUCAACUUCAGCAACUUUGUCAUCCAGGCAAUCAAUCUUUUAAAGGGCAUCAUGAUGAGUGGCAACGAUAGCCUGGCGCCUGAUGCAUCCGCCAAUACGCUGGAGGAUGAGCUGCUCGCCUCGGCUGGCCAGGCACAGACCAAGUUCUUCAGUUUGGAGCGUGUCACGUAUCUGUGCGAGAAGAUUGUGACGCACUACUUCCUGCUGACACAGGAUGAGCUGGCCGAGUGGCAACAGGAUCCCGAGGGCUAUGGCCAGGACGAUGGUGGUGGCGAUGCCUGGAAGUACGAGCUGCGUCCGUGCGUGGAGACGCUGUACUUCACCUGCUUCACCCAGCACUCGACCGUGAUGAUCAACGAGGUGCUGAAGUUUGUGAGGCGGGCACAGCAGCUCCAGCUGACCGAGGCAUCCGAACUGAAGGCCAUUCUCCUCAAGGAUGCCAUCUACAAUGCCGUCGGCCAGGCAGCCUUUCACUUCUUCAACAAGCUGGACUUUGGCGCCUGGUUGACCUCGCAACUUCUCGCCGAACUACGCAUCGAGGCUCCCAAUUUCCGCAUCCUGCGUCGCAGGAUCAUUUGGCUGGUGGGCAAUUGGGUGGCGGUUCAGUUGCCGCGGGAACUGCGAUCCGUCGCCUAUGAGGCAUGCCUGCAUCUGCUGCGGCCGGAGGAGGACAUGCCCAUCCGUCUGGCCGCCGCUCGCACGCUCAAUCAUCUGAUCGAAGACUUUGAAUUCAUGCCGGAGGCAUUUCAUCCAUAUUUCGCCGCCCUAUUCGAAGCCCUCUUCCUGCUGUUGCGCGAGGCCGGCGCCUGCGACACCAAGAUCGUUGUCCUGGGCACCAUGACGCUCCUGGUGGAGAAGAUGAGUGAAUACAUUGAGCCGCAGGCGCUGCAACUAAUCUCCUACCUGCCGCUGCUGUGGCGCGAGAGCGAGCUCAAUGAAUACAACAUGCUGCGAUGUGCCAUCAUUGGCACCUUGGAGCAACUGGUGCGCACCAUUCGCGAUGUGCCCGAGACCAUGAAGCCCUUCCUCUACAGCGUCAUUGAGCUGAGCACAGAUAUGCAGCAACGCUCGCAUGUUUACCUCAUCGAGGAUGGGAUCAUGCUGUGGCUGGCCGUGAUUGGCAACUCAACCGCAUUGACGCCGGAACUCUUGGCGCUUUGUGAUCAUCUGUUGCCCAUCAUUGAGAUGUCCUCGGAGAAUCUACGCACGGUUCUGCAGCUGAUACAUGCCUACAUUCUGCUCGAUCCUCAUGCCUAUCUGAGUCGUUAUGGCGAGGGAUUCGUCUCGUAUUGUGUGCGCUCCUUUGAGGACAUUCGAGCCGAGGGCAUCAUUGCCAUGCUGCGCAUAUUCGAGACGUGCCUCAAGACGGAUGCGGCGAUGGGACUGCGUCUGGUGCGUCCCGCCCUGCCGUUUGUGUUCCGGCAGGUGUGCCUGAAGCAGGAAUAUCCCAUGACCAUGGGCUGGUACCUCACACUCCUCGCACGCACCCUGCUCAUCGAUCAGACGGUGUUCAUGUCCGUGGUGCAGGAGUUGCCACAGCCGGAUGCACUUGCUCGCAUUUUGGAUGUGUGGAUCGAGAUGUUUCCCCUUGUGGCAGAUACGCAUGCCGAGAAACGGAAGCUCUUCUGUCUCGCCUUUGCCUCGAUCUUUGGCGAUAACCAGCUGCUCCUCGCCCGCCUGCCGCACAUCCUGCAGCUGGUGGAGGAGACGCUGGCGGAGGUGAUGGACAAGCAAUAUACGGCAUCGGAUGAGGGCGUCGACAAGGCGACGCAACGCUACUACGACUCGCUGGUCAUACACGACGAGCACGAGCUGGAGGACUUUCAGGAUCAGCUGUACGAUGACUAUCACUCGAAGACGUACCACGACGACAGGCAUCGUCAGCUGGUGCUCAAGGAUCCGGUGUACAAGAUACCAUUAACCGAUUACCUCAAGUGGCAGCUCCAAAGUCUGCAAUCUCAACUUGGCGCCGCACGCUACGAACAAAUCAUGAGUGCAGUGUGUCCCGAAAUUCUCGAAAAGAUUAACAUGUACAUAGAGCAGACGGUGCCAAAGGCGUGUGGUGUCUGUGCCGGCAAUGGAGAAGAUAACGAUUCAACAAGCAAUCAAACGGCACUCGACUGAUUGACUGCAAUCAAACAUCAAUCAACAAUCAUUAAUUAUACACAGAUCCACACCCAAACCAACACACACACACACCCAAACACACACACACACACACACACCCAAACACACACACACUCACACACACGCAGGAGCCGUUAAUUGCUGUGCUUCAAAAGCUUUCUACAAUUUAAGUUAUUAAUGUAUUUUGUAUUGAAAUUAUAUAUUUUUAAUUGUUAACGAUA